ACGGAGUGUCAAUAGAUGAGCGUUAUUGAUUUGUGCUCAGUGUCGACGAUCGCAACUCCCUACAGAUAUUCAUCAUGAAGAUUUUGCGCUACCUCUGGCUCCUCGUCGUUGCCCUGCUCUUCGUCGCGGGCGCCCAAGCGAAAUGUACCGAGGACGAGUGUAAGGCCGCCUGCAAGCACGUCGGAAGCAUCCCCGGCGGUGACAAGGGCAAGUACUGCGUCGACGGAUCCUGCCGAUGCGCCCUCUCAAAGACAUAAUUUUACUGAAACCUAGAAGCGGCGCCUUUUAUUUUUUAUUAUACAAUAAUCAUGUUACUUUAUUACCGUUAUUUAUCAUUUAGACACGCACAGUUGAUUUAUAAUUAAUCCAAGCUGAUGAGUUAUAUUGUUAAUGUUCUGGUCGAAUCAACCAAUGUUUUCUCAAAUAAUGCAAAUUAAAUAAUAUUACUUGCAAGCACUAAUAGAGUUAUAAAUUGAAUAAUUGACUCCGUUGCACUUUUGCGAUCGCAGCAAUAUUAUCCGCCAGUACGUACCGCAUCCGUACACACGCAUAAACGUACAUAUAGAUCAGUUCGGGGUCAACGAUUUGGGAGAGAGAGAGAGUGAGAGCAAGAGAAAAAUAUCGCAGUAAAAUACCCGGCCUCGAGCCUGCACCCUCGAUUUUUUUCCUCGGUAAUCCUAUGAACGCGCGCGUGACGCUGAAAAUAUGUUUGCUCGAAGCUGGGCGAAGAAUAACAUAUUUUUUUUUUGUCAACGUGCGAGAACCAUCUUCACGAGUCAUUGGCUCGCUGUGCGCUCUACAUAUAUAGGUAUAUGCAUGCUAGCGAGAGAGAAAAAAUACAUUUGUGCACGAAAAAGUGUGUAUGUGUGCUGAAUCCUUUUUUUUUUUAAUAAAUUGUUGUAUCGAGCGAUAUAGUGUUGUAUAAUUACACAACAUUUAUUGGAUUUCGAUGUGGAUACAUAAAUUCGCUCGUAGCGUGUGUAAGCCCUACUUGACCGCACCGCAAACGGAACCGCCUGGCGAAAAUAGCUCGGGCCCGCGGGCCUCAGCAAUCCAAAUACAUUCACGCGCUGAUUUUUAAUAAACGAAAUAUACAUCGACGAGCGAAGCGAGAGGGUAGUUAAAUCCGAAAAAAUCCGAAAAAGUACACCGCUGUGCGCGCCCCGAGAGCCGAUCGUAAAAAAUAGAAGGAAAAUUGCCGCUGCGCGCGCGCGCUUGCUCCAGCGAUUCGCGAAACAUAAAACUCGUAUAUAUCGUGGAUAUAUAAAAGCACAAAUUGCUGCCGUACGAGUCGAACGUACGUGUGCAGUUCUCCGUUUUGAUUUAUUUUUGGCACGCGAGUAAGUCCGAAAAUAGGCUCUCUCUCUCUCUCGAUCGAGAGGCGCGCAGCGAGCUUGUGGCUGUAUAGCACGUUAACAGGGAGCGCGCGGGGCGCUGGCGGUGCGGCGGUCCACGUAUGUGUUCGUGUGGCCAGCAGCAAAGUCGAAAGAAGAAGAAGAAGACGAACGUCACUGGGCGAAAAGUUUCGCAUCGUCUCUAGUUCCUCUUGGAGAAUCUCUGUCACGAGACUGCAACCGGGGUAAAUUAUUCAUCAAUCGCACUCGUUUUACUGAUCUUCAUGUCUCAUCUGCAUCAGCAGGUCGCCGGCUGUGACUUGGUCGUGUUCCGUUCGUGCAUCAGAUACAUCGUCAUGAACGUCAAAUCGAGCUUUCUCAGGUUCGAGGCAUGGUCGGCGUCGCCUUCUACACUGCUACUACGCGUGGCGGUGGUUCUGCUCGUACUGAUCGUAACAGAGCUUCCAGCGGUCGCUUCCCAAGCUAAGCUGCCACUGACACUGCCUACGGCCAAAGGAUUGGCAGCGCAGCAGCCUCACAUACCGAUCGUUUACGACGCUUACUAUCCGACGGAGAAGCCAAAAAUAUGGAGAACGGACGCGAGCCUCGAAGAGAUCGAUCAGCUGCAUCGGUUGACCGAGGAACUGCUGCGCCAGGAAGAGCAAUUACUCCAAUUAAAGGCCGCGACGGUGGACAAGGAGUCCGAAGAUAUCCUCGCUGCUCGGGAACGUAUUGUCGACUAUGCCAUUUUUGAGGCCGCACAAUUGAGGAAACAACAAAUGCUGGAUCAGCAGCAGCAGCAGCAGCAACAGCAACAGCACCAACAAAAACAACAACAACAGAGCAGAGCCGAAGAAUUCGAAUAUCCAUUGCAAAUUGCCUCGUUAACGGUGAGCGACCUUGGGCCCAAUGAGUCGAAAGAGGAUCACCAGCGUCGCGUCAGGCAUCAUCACGGACAGCCCAAUUGGCUACUGAGGCGCCUGGCCCGCAAGGCUUGAGCUGUCUACUAGAUAUACGGCUAGUAGAACGUUGCGAUUGCCGUAUCGAUUUCGCUCUCCAAGCCGGCCACUUUAUUUUUUUCACUUUCAAUUCAUCGAUCGAGCCGCGCAGUAAAAAAUGCACGCAAUAUAUAAGAGCCAAUUUUAAAUGAUAAUAUCGUCGCGAGAUUAGCCGGGUCCGUAAAUAAAGAAAUAAAGCGAACGAGAAAAAAAAUAACUUAACGAGGAAAAGAGCAAACAACUUUUCAACAAAGAAUCGUAAAGCUCCGCUGCGCAACCACAGCUUUGAGCGAGCCACGAAAACUAAACUUUCGUCCGCGCGAUAAAUUCCAACUAUAUAGUGCAGCAGCGGGCUCUCGGUUUUACCAACUGCGAAAUGCACUUUCCUCUUUCGCUCUAUCCCGUACUCUUUUCGCAGCGCGAUUUUUUACUUUCUACUCCGAUUGCGGCACAAACGACAGUUUGACUCGAAUGGACUCGGCUUUUUUACUUUUUUUUUUUGGCCCACCAUCGUCGUGCAAACACACACACACACACACAUAUACUUACUUAUAAUGUAUACGAGCAUUUAGCCAUCGAUGAAAAGUUUUCGGCUUUGAUUCGUGCCAAGAUCGUUUUAUUAUUUAUUUUAAAAUCCCUGCUCAACCAUAAUCACUCAUAAGCCUUUGAGCCGAUUGAACUAAGCGCAUCGAAACAACGAUGUUUAAUUAUUUUUUAUAUUUAUACAUUCAACGAGUUCACCGGAGAUUUUGUUAUUAAUUUAAACACGAAUAAGUACUGGAUUUUGUAAAAUGAAGUGCAUUUUUAUAAUAAAAUUUUUCAAAUUAUCUGCAUUCUUAA